CCGUAAAACCUGCACCCGCAACUAUAAAAGCAACACUUGGGGACAAAGAUCCUCCUCCCCCAACUGUCCCAUUUCAACUACCGGACAUGCUUCUGCUUCCUCCGCCAUAAAAAAAAACGCCCUUCCUCCUCCUCCUUCAAUGGCUUCUUCACAACACUCCCGCCCUUUCCACUGGCACCUCGCCGAGGUCGAAGACCGUCACUUCCAAAUCCAUGGCCGAACCCUCUUCUUCAUCAUCGUCCUCGCCCUCAUCACCCUCAUCUUCGCCCUCAUCUUCGUUUACGCCCGAUGGUUCUGCAGAUUCAGCCGUCACGCGCCUUCCCCUACUUCCCACGCGCUUCCCGACUCCCAGCCGAGGGGACUCGACGCCGCUGUCAUCAACGCUUUACCGGUGACUAUGUUCUCGGUCGAGGAGGCGACUCAGAGUGAGUGCUGUAUCUGCCUCGGUGUGUUCGAAGACGGCGAGAAAGUUAAGGUUUUGCCGCCGUGUAAGCAUUCGUAUCAUCCCGAGUGUGUUGAUCGGUGGUUAAGCACCGAGUCCAGUUGCCCACUUUGUAGAGCUUCUCUCCUAGUUGAACUUGAACCAGAGCAGCUUCAAGUUAUUGUAACUCCGUGAACGACGACAACGACAACGACGAAGACAAAAGGAUUAAAUGAAUAUUUUUUUGUCUGAAUUAUAUUUGUAAAUGACGAUGAUCCUUGUUGUAAAGCAUCCAUUCACACUAAUUUCUGUGUGUUUUUUUAGAUUGCCAAGUGCUUGAUGAAUUUGCUCAACCAAUGAUUUGUUUUUCUUUUUGUAAUGAAAACGAAUAUGUUUAUCUGUUGAGUGGAGAAAUCAAAUUCAAGCUUCUUUACUUU